CUGCAUCUGAUAUAAACAGGAUUUUUUGCAUACUGGGUCAAUGUUCUUGAAGACCUGCAGUGGACACGCUGUGGAGAGUUUGAACUUCUUCAGCAGGGAGUCUAUCAGAAACGUCAGAGAUGUCCUCAGAGAAGAGCGUGCCAGGUGAGGGGACUCGAGAGGCUGAACUCGAGGUAGAAAUGAAGAAAACGCAGGUCAGACAAAUCACUCACUUUCCUGAGGACACCAGAGAAGUGCCCAGCUCAGAGAGAGAACUGGACGCUAAAGCCAUCAUCCCAAAUCCUCAAGACCAGGACAGCCCUGAGGGUCCAGCAGACACGUCACCAGUCACCUCUACUGCUGCUGGACCAAAUAUCCCUGAGAUUGCUGAAGACACUGCACCUACCACCUUCACUAUUCAAGAUCACAAUAUCCCUGAGAUUGCUGAAGACACUGCACCUGUCACCUGCACUGCUCAAGAUCACACUAUCCCUGAGAUUGCUGAAGACACUGCACUUGCCACCUACACUGCUCAAGAUCACAAUACCCCUGAGAUUGCAGAAGACACUGCACCUGUCACCACUGCUCAAGAUGACAAUACCCCUGAGAUUGCAGAAGAUGAGUCACCUGUCACCUGCAGUGAUCUAGCAGGAGACACGCCAGUCAUGGGUCCAUCACAUACAUCACCUGACAUCUCCACUCCUCCGGAAUCUACAGUUCCAGAGGAUCCAGCAAACAGUCCAUCCACUACCCCAGCGUCUGUGUCCCCUCCUGGAGAGAUAAAGAUAGACUCAGUGGAAAUCGAUUCUGUCUCUCUGAGCUGGGGCAGUCCUGCUGGUAUGGACGUGAUCCCACCCAGUUUGAAAAUCACCUAUUCAAGCUCUGUCAAGGACAACACUCUUUCCAUCACUGCACCCUCAAAUUCCACUUUCAUCCCAAAGCUGAGACCUGGGAGAGAGUACAGCUUCACAAUCACCGCAAUGGUAGAGAAUGGGACCGAGAGCACGGCUGUUUCAGCAUCUGUCUGUACAAAACCAUCCCCUCCUGGAGAGGUAAAGAUAGACUCAGUGGAAAGCAAUUCUGUCUCUCUGAGCUGGAGCAGUCCUUACAAUAUGGAUGGGAUCCCACACACCUUUUACAUUACCUAUUCUAGCUCUGGUAAGAGUCACCAAGACUCCAUCACUACACCCUCCAAUUCCACUGUCAUCUCUGAGCUGAGACCUGGGAGGGAGUACAGCUUCACAGUCACCACAAUGCUAAAGAAUGGGACCCAGAGCACGCCUGUUUCAACAUCUGUCUGCACAAAACCGUCUCCUCCUGGAGAGAUAAAGAUAGACUCAGUGGAAACCGAUUCUGUUUCUCUGAGCUGGGGCAGACCUGCUGGUAUGAAAGAGAUCCCUCACAGUUUUAAAAUUUCCUAUUCAAGCUCUGUUGAGGACAACACUCUUUACAUCAAUGUAGUCUCCAAUUCCACUGUCAUCUCUGAGCUGAGACCUGGGAAAGGAUACACCUUCACAGUCACCACAGUGCUGGAGAAUGGGACCCAGAGCAUGCCUGUUUCAACAUCUGUCUGCACAAAAACACAUCUAGAAGAUUUGCUGUGCAUGCUGGGACUGGAGAACUGCUUCCCAGGCAAGAUUACGUUGAGUACUGUCCUUGAGAUCGGUACAGAGAGUAUUACAGAUGAACCGAUUCAAUCACUGAAAAAACUCCCCUGGUGCUUUCUGAAAAGACUAAUGAUGGUAAAUGUGACAGCUCGGAGUACCAAGUGCAGUGCUGCUGAGACAGAUACAGACUCGAUAUUGCAAGACCUUGACAGUGUUCUUGAACUUACAGCUAGUAAUGAUGAUCAAGACACAAAUAUAAUCAAUCCACUUGAUCUCUUAGUAGCACUCUUUCUGUGCUCAGACAGCUUCCUGCAGCAGGAAAUGAUGUUAAAAAUGUUGAUGUGCCAGUUUGCUGUACCUCUCUUGCUCCCUGACUGCAGCACCAGUCAGUGUACAUUAAUGCUGUGGGCCAUGCGAGACAUUGUGAAGAAGUUUAGACCCCGUUCAUUAGCUGACUCAAAAGGGUUUGUAGAAGACAGUAUAGUCAGCACUGCCAUGCCAAUGAUCUCUUUUGUCAGGCUGGGUGACUGCAGUUUAUCAAAGUCUCAGAUUCUGAAUCAGGUUCUCAGUAACCCCCAGCAGUACCAUGAUUUCUUUACCCAUCGUGACAUGGAAUGUGGAAAUGUUCCACGGAGAAUUUCAAACGGUCUAGUGGAAAUAGGUUGGUACCUUCCUUGUGGAAAGAAAAACUUGGACAUCUUUCCAGAACCUAUAGCUGUUGCCAACCUUCGUGGAGAUCUCCUUUCCUUUCAGAAACAGUUUUCCAUUUUAUGUCAAACAUCCUCGACAGUCUUCAUAUUUUUUGACAGUAUUGCGGAGAGCAAGUGCAAGCUCUUGUCCUCUGCAGGAGAUAUUAAAGCCCAAUUGUAUUUGGUUGGAAAUUUUCCAAAUACAACAGAGAAAAAAAACUUUCUGAAAAACUUGGCUUCACAAUUACAAUUAAGUACAAGUCAUAUCCUAUUGAAGAAUAAGCAGACCAAUGACGCAGAGUUUGUGUCAAAACUGCGCUUAACUAUGAAUGACAUCAUGGAAAACUGUCAACACACAAUGACUAUUGAAGGCAUGUCUGCUGAAGCACAUGAAUUGGGGAUUCCUGUAGAUGAAGACUGCACUGCAUGUCAGAACGCUAAGAGAAGUGCUGCAGAAAUCACAUCUAAAAUCAACGAUGUGGUGCGAUAUAAAGAGGAUCAGUUGCCAUUGCAAGGGAAGCUUUGGAAGGAGCUGGCUAAAAUAGAAAAGGAGGAGUGUAGACUACAGAAGGCAGGAGACAAACCUCUUGAACAAUAUAAAGCCAAUCUGCAAAGAGAAAAACAGAAACUGAGACAACAGCAAAGCAGUUAUAAUAUGUCUGAAGCAAUCGGAUGUUUCUUUACUGCUAUAUCCAAUGAAAGCAAAGAAGAACGAUCCUAUUUUCUAAAGUGGAUGAGGAUGAACUUGGAUGUUAUAGCACGAAAGAAACUUUCCGGUCUUCGUGAUGAAUACAAAGAAAAGUGUUGCAAGUUCUCAGAGAACAAAGACAUAAUUGCAGACUUGGAUAGACAAAUAUCAGACAGCUCUUUAGGAAUUGAACAUUUCAUGCGUGAGAUGGGGCAGCUUUAUGAAGCAGCGUGCUCCCUUCCUCCAAGUAAUGCAUAUCGUCUGCAAUUUCAAGAUCUUCCCAGUUUGGGGGCAGAUCUGCUGUUGGACGGCUUCCCUCUUGAGCUGGUGGAUGGAGAUGCAUCAAAUAUCCCUGUAAAAUGGGUGACUGAUGUCCUAACUGAGCUCCACAGGAAAGUCCAACCCAAGAGCAGGCUGCUGGUUGUAACAGUGCUGGGAGUCCAAAGCACUGGGAAGUCUACCCUCCUCAACACAAUGUUUGGGGUUCAGUUUGCAGUUAGCAGUGGCAGAUGCACAAGAGGAGCCUUCAUGCUGUUAAUCAGAGUCAAAGAGGAUCUUAAAGGAGUGCUGAAAUGUGAUUUUAUCUUGGUAAUCGACACUGAAGGUCUGAAAUCUCCAGAACUGGCACAACUAGAAGACAGCUACGAACAUGACAAUGAGCUUGCAACACUGGUUGUAGGUUUGAGUGACGUCACCAUAAUAAACAUUGCAAUGGAGAACUCCACAGAGAUGAAGGAUAUCCUACAGAUCGUGGUGCACGCCUUUCUUAGAAUGGACAAAGUGGGGAAGAAACCAAACUGUCAGUUUGUGCACCAGAAUGUGGGGGAUGUGUCUGCUCAUGACAACAAUGCAAGGGACAGGAAUAAGCUUCUAGAACAGCUGAAUGAGAUGACACAGGCAGCUGCCAGGAUGGAGAAGCUAGAUCCUAACACCAAACUCACAGAUGUAAUGGAGUAUGACCCCGAACACAAUAACUGGUACAUCCCUGGCCUGUGGCAUGGCAUUCCUCCAAUGGCUCCAGUGAACACAGGCUACAGUGAAACGGUGUAUGAGUUCAAGAAGAGUUUGAUUGAAGUGUUAAAAAGCUGCAAAUUCCAAACACUUAAAGAGUUCCUGGAGUGGACAAGAAGUUUGUGGAAAGCUGUUAAAUAUGAGAACUUCAUCUUCAGCUUCAGAAACAGUCUAGUGGCUGAGGCUUACAGUAAUGUGUGUGUUGAAUUUAAUAAAUGGGAAUGGGCCUUCCAAAAGCACAUGUACAACUGGCUGGCAACUGCUGAGACAAGGAUUUCAAAUACCAAUGAGCAGUCCUCAAACCUUGAUGAGUUUCUCAGCAGUUUACAAGCAGAGGCAUUUCAAGAACUGACAUCACAAGAAAUGACAUCUCUGGAGAAACUGACUAAAUACUAUGACAGUAAGGAGGGACAUGUUAAUCUUGUAGAAAGCUACAGAGCCACCUUUGAGAGAAGCAUUAAAACUCUUAGGAUUGAAACUGAAAACUCUGUGACAAACAAGUUGACAGCAGCGAUUGAUUUUCAAAAAGAAAUGAAGAAAGUACAUGAUGUCAAUGAAAAGCAUAAAGCAAUAUUAGAGGAAAGAGUAUUGCAACUGCUAGCAAAGUGUAGGAAAAGAAAUAAGGAUUUAUCUGAGGAGCAGCUGAAAAACAAAUUUGAAAAGAUGUGGGAAGAGACAGUGAAGAGACUGGAUUUUAAAGGUUUAGAGAAAAUAGACAUUGGAUUAGAUGUUUUUAAUCAAUUGAGAAACAAAUUAAAAAGAAAUGUAGGUGCAGUUAACAUGGUGUUAAAUGAGGCCACAGAUCUGACUGAAUAUGGAAAAACACAGUUUAAUGUAACUGAUAAACACUUUGAUCCUGUAUGGUGCAAAAAACACCACGCUGAUCCCAUGGACCUGUCAACAAACCCCAAAGAGGAAGCAGAGGCGAUGGUGAAAUCUGUAACAGAACAGUGCAUGGAGUUUGUAGCAAACAAAAAAAGGAGUAAAACUGACUACCAUGAGACGUACACCAGAGAGCUGUUAGAAAUGAUAGAUGUCAAGCUGAAGGGAACUGAGAAGCUCCAGACCAACGCCCAGUUUGAGGUUGAUCUGAAGCUGCACAUCUGUGGGUUUGCUGCCAGGGAAUUCCAGCAGAUGCACGAAGAUUUCAUUAAAGUCAAUGACCCUCUGAACCAUCUGGAAAAGUUCAGGCCGCAGUACAGUUCUGACUUCAUAGAUCUUUACCACAAGAAGGACCAGAGCCAAAAGAAGGCUGGAGAAUUCACUGAGCGCUGCCUCAAGCCUGCAGUGAGGGAGUAUGUCAACAAAGCCCUUGGGUUAGAUAUUGUGGAUGAAAUGCUGACUGGUGCAGACUCUCUGAAAUACAGCACCCGGUCAUAUUUCCAGCAUUCAAUUCUGAAACAGCUGCUGGAUGACAAUAAUUUUAAAAAGUAUGUGGAAUACAGUACAAACUAUAACGGUUUUGUCAAGGGUUGGAUAUUGAAUCGUAUUAUUGAUCAGUUUUCAAACAGUAAAGCCCUUUCAGAUUUACAAGUGAAACGUUUUGAAGCAAUAACAAAAAAAAUACAAGAAGCCAUUGAAAAAGAAAAGAAGACUUUAACAAAGAGCGAAACCAUUUUAACGCUUCUUAAAAAGAUCUGCAGUAAUUUAAACAGUGACAUUGUGAUUUCCACAGGCAAUCUUGGAUUAACAUUUAUCCAUAACAAAGCAAACAGAGAAGAGUUCAUUGAAUAUCUUCAGAAGAGUGUGAAUGAAAUGAAGACAUCUCUAAGUGCUGAAGUUUCUCAAGGGUGUGAUAUCAAUAAGAAACUAAACAAGCUGCCAUUUAAGCCACAGGACGAGCUGUUUAAGAGGAUGUUUGGCUGUGGAAAGCAGUGUCCGUUCUGCAAGGUCCCCUGUGAGGCAGGAGGCAAGGACCACGAACAACACCACGCAUCCGUGCAUCGACCUCAGGGUCUGGGUGAACACAGAUGGUCCAAAUCUGAAAAACUAAUGGUAGAUGUAUGCUCAACUGCUGUACAGAGUUUCGUGAGAUUUCAGAAUAGCGACACACAAGGGAAGUAUCAUCCCUAUAAAUACUAUCGGAAAUUCUACCCUGACUGGAACAUUGCCCCCGACGCCAGUAUUGAAGCCUCUGACUACUGGAAGUACAUCCUGACUGCAUUUAAUGAACAAUUUGCAGAGGAGUAUAAGGCAAAGCCUGCUGAUAUCCCUAAGCAAUGGAGAAGAAUAACAAAGGAACAAGCACUGAAGAGUAUUAAUGAGGUGUAUAACAUGGAGUAAAUAAACAGAAGCUCGUUACCUACUCCCAGUGUUUAAUUUGUGCCGGGGCGUGCAGUCACAUUCCCAGUUCAUCUAGUUAAAAAAUCUCAUAAAAUGCUUUCUUUUUAAAUUCUCAACACAGUUGAAUCAAGUUUGCAAGAUCUUGCGUGCGCGCUAAAGAGAGACAGUCCGCUGCCACGUUUGUAGCCUCCUUUAAAUUACGAUUUCAGCUUAAGUAAGAUGACACUGGCUGCUACUCUAUUAUUAUUAUUAUUAUUUAUUUCUUAGCAGACGCCCUUAUCCAGGGCGACUUACAAUUGUUACAAGAUAUCACAUUAUACAUUAUUUCACAUUAUACAGAUAUCACAUUAUUUUACAUACAACUACCCAUUUAUACAGUUGGGUUUUUAUUGGAGCAAUCUAGGUAAAGUACCUUGCUCAAGGGAACAACAGCAGUGUCCCCCACUGGGGAUUGAACCCACAACCCUCCGGUCAAGAGUCCAGAGCCCUCACCACUACUCCACACUGCUGCCCUACUCUAUAAAUUAAUUUUUCUGCACGCACUACUACCUUGUAUAUGAUGUAGAAUAUGUGAAUGUAAACAUCUAAAACCAGUACAUACAAUGCUCUUUCAAAUAAACGUGCAUGAUUUUCAAUGUGCGGUUCUUCAGAACGGUAUUAUUGUCAUUGCUUGCGCCCCAGCACCUCUUUAUUUACAAAUUAAGCACUACCUACUCCUAAAACCAUUCUAAUGGAUGUAGUUAGUGAUGGAACACACACUGAAUUGGGACGAGGAAUCAGAAUCAGGCUCUAUUUUGAAGGAAGUGCAAAGUUUGCACCAGUUCUUUAUGAAAGAAAUAAAACAGUUUGAAUCUUCUAAACAGAAAACUUAAUUGAACUACUGAUGUGUGUUUGUUUGAUUGUUUUGUUUUGAGCACUCAGUAUCAGGCCCUGUGUGGUUCCUUGGUUAAUGUCAUUUAGAUUUUCUUUUGGCUGUAAAGAAAAUUGAAUCCUGUUUUGAAAAUGUACUGUCUGUGUUUGCCUGAAAGCAUUUCUUUCAAAAAAACAUUGUAAGAAUGCAUCUCUUUCAUUUUCAGUUUUGUUUAAAAUGUUAUGUCUUUAGAUGUGAAACAUAAUUUAAGUCUACAGUGAUGUUAAAAAAAGCAAACAUGACUUGCAUUUACUGGCACACAAACUAUAAUGCAUGUUCUUGUAAAUAAUGCCUUUUAAUGACCAGGACAAUCAUUAACGGUUACUGAUGUAAUCGGAGCUUACUUAUUAUUAAUAGUAUUAAACUAUCACUACUGGGAAUCGUAGUUGUUAAAUGAAUACACACGUGAUUUCAUGUUUUGUAUUCAUUAUCUGUUGUACUGGAUUACAGCAGUGUUUGACUUCGCUCUCUCUCUCUUUUGCUCGUAUCCAACCAGUUUGGGAGUCUUCAUGUCAGUCCUGUUACCAUGACGACUUCAUUAAAAUCAACGACAGCAAUAUGUCCUGCCUGCAGUCCAUUGGAUAAAGGGGCUGUCUUAAUUGAUGUGCUGCUUUAAAAGCUGGCUGCUGGAUGGUAACCGGGUGUGCCCUUGACCGAAAGAAAUUGUGUUUGUGAACGUCAGGGAAAGAGCGAGAGCGCGCCUUUUUGUUUGUUCAUUUAUUUAGUUAGUUAGAUUUGUUUUUAGCGUUUAAUGCAGUGUGAUUGGAAAAUUAAUUGUUCUACCCAUGAAUGAGUUGACAAGCAGAUGAGUCGUGAUUUGUUUAUGAUUGCUGUGUGUGGUGAGAACAAACCAAAUUUGUGUAGCUGAGGAAG